GCUGCGGAAGUGGGCGCUCGUGACGUCAACCGGGCGCGCCCCGUGCGCCGGCUACGUUGUGGGAAGGGAAGUCGCUCGGGCAGCGUCUGGGAUCGGCUGCUGAGUGGAGGUGGCGGGGCAGCUCGGCUCCGGGCCGAGGCCGCAGUAGAGCUCCAGGAAGAUGUUACCAAGUACUGCAGUGAAUUCCUCGGUGCAGGGAAACGGAGUCUUGAAUUCCAGGGAUGCAGCAAGACACACAGCUGGAGCAAAACGCUACAAAUACCUCAGGAGGCUUUUUCGAUUUCGCCAGAUGGACUUUGAGUUUGCUGCCUGGCAGAUGCUCUACCUGUUCACUUCCCCACAGAGGGUUUAUAGGAACUUUCAUUACCGGAAACAGACUAAGGACCAGUGGGCCAGAGAUGACCCUGCUUUCUUGGUCCUGUUGAGUAUCUGGCUCUGUGUAUCCACUAUAGGAUUUGGCUUUGUGCUGGACAUGGGAUUUUUUGAGACGAUAAAACUUCUCCUAUGGGUUGUGUUCAUAGAUUGUGUAGGCGUUGGUCUUCUGAUAUCAACUUUAAUGUGGUUCAUCUCUAACAAGUAUUUAGUAAAGCGACAGAGCAGAGACUAUGACGUGGAGUGGGGCUACGCCUUCGACGUGCAUCUCAAUGCUUUUUAUCCACUCCUAGUCAUUUUGCAUUUUAUCCAACUUUUCUUCAUCAACCAUGUUAUCCUAACAGAUACAUUUAUUGGAUAUUUAGUUGGAAAUACCUUGUGGCUGAUUGCAGUUGGCUAUUACAUCUAUGUAACUUUCCUAGGAUACAGUGCACUGCCCUUUUUGAAAAAUACAGUGAUUCUUCUCUACCCCUUUGCACCACUGAUUCUGCUCUACGGGCUGUCACUGGCACUAGGAUGGAACUUUACCCGCGCGCUGUGUUCUUUCUACAAGUAUAGAGUGAAAUGAAGAGAAGGUGGCAAUGUUCUAGCUUAGUGGCAUCGACAGUGGCGAGGUGACGAUUUCUUGUAAAACUUGUAAAUAAAACUUUGUAGAUAUCUUAAAGGUAUAAAGUUUACAGAUUGAGGAGAUAUGUUAACACUGUGGUCAAGUACAUUCCCCAAGACUAAUUAAAUGUACAUUUCUUUAAUAAAUAUUUUUUAAAUUAAAGCAUGCAUGUUGGAAUAUUGGCACACAAGAGCUCUAUAUAACUUCUUAUAUGAAUUAUUUUUGGACAAUGGGAUAUCCUCCGUCUCCCCCGAAGCCUUUUAACCUGUCAUGCAGCCACUUAGUAGAGGCCCUGACAUCACUGACAGUGUCGUCUGUGGAGAAGGAGGGACAUGAUAAAGCACAAACUCCCCAAAGACACCAGACCCAGGCGGCGCUGGUUUCGCAGAUGGCAGUGUGUGAGACUAAGCAAAUGCCUGUAUGAACAGUGGCCACCCCGGUCUGACAACGGGGCUGUUAAAAGUCUUUUCAAAACAAAGGAUCCACUCCUGGUUCUAAAUGCAGAGAAACUUACUGUUUCAUGCUAAUUUUAUUAGAUGGACUCUUGCAAUUGGCAUGGCUUUUUAAACCUCUUUAUUUCAAAUACACACGAACGGUUGUGGCACAGAGAAACAGUGAUGAAAGGCACAGUCAACAGGACCAGUUAUUAAGUUUUCAAUUAUAGCAGCAACUUGAAAAUAAAUAUUCUGUCUUUAAAAAUCCAAUAGGUACCUAAAAUAUUACAGAUAUUAACCGUUCAACACAUGAAGACAGUUUAAGGAAUAUAUGUACAUUUAGGAAGAAAAAAACUGGUACAACCUGGCAGAGAUUGUUCAGGCAGCAUCUCCAAGGGAUGCCUCCAGAAACAUCCCCAAAUGCGAAGACAGCCUUUCCAAAGGAAGCGCUCUGAAUGAGACAUGCUGAGUUCUUCAUUCCAUGAAGGAAACAACCCUUAGGCUUAGCAGACUAAGUCUUCCUUAGAAAACAUCACUGUCUCUACUGAAAUGAAAGUAUCAAAUCUGCUGGCAGUGCAUCUUACAGUACUGUCGAUAUCCGCCAUUUUUAAGGCUCAGAGAAUGUCUUCAAAAGAGAUUUUCACCAAAGUUGAGCAGACAUCGAGCACUUUGAACAAAUAACGGGAUGCUAAUCAGAGUGAGGUACAAACCAACCUUUGAUUCCGGGACAGCUGCUGAUUACUAAUAACAAUGAAACAAUUAGGAGCAAGCAAUACAGAAGAGCCUGCCUGAUGUCUGAGGGUAUUAAAAUGUUCAUCACAGUCCUCACUUUUGAGCCGUUAGCACCACUGCUCUUGACAUUUGAGUACAGUGUCAACUGGGGGGACGAUGCUCUGCUUCCUUCCACGCUCACUCCACUGUCUUUUGUCCUGCGUUGCCAAGGGUGAAAUCUGGGGCCUGGCACACGGAGGCCAGCGCUCUACCACUGAGCUGCACCCCGGCCCACCCUACUGUCGCUACUGCCUCUCAGCUCCAAAAACCCAGAGCGCCAGCUCCUCUCCUAUUUGUUCUUUGACAAUGGUCUAAUUAGUGCCCAGACCGGAGAAGUGGGUGGGAAGAGUUUAUAUAACAAUGAUACACAAACCCUCAUGUGGCCGCUUUUCCUAAUACUGCUUCAGUAGUCUUUUUAGCCUUGUAUGUUCACAUGCAUUAAAGAAAGUAAGCAUACUAGUUAUCAUAGCAUACAUCUGUUAAGAUUAAGAAUUUAAAAUUUCACAACUAUCAAACUAAAUUUUACACACUAUAAAUAUUGCUACAUAGCUUGGAAAAGUUGCUUUUAUAAAGGGAUUGAGUUUGGAAAUCUAAGUUUCCUUAUAACACAAAGAUGUGAUUAUGACACAUUUGCAGUCUUGACAGUUUGUAGCUUCUAAUUUCCUUUCACUCUACUGUUCUUAAAUCAAGGGUACAGCAAUACAGUAAGGAUGAGCACAAAAAUGGAUUAGCCAAACUAAAAACCUCAUUCGCAAUUAAUGGCUUGAAAGCAGAGAGGUAUUUUGGAAAACAUUCUCAAAGUACAAAAAUUUGGUUGGCACAAAUAGGGUUUGAUCUGCUAGGUAAUAUAAACAGUUUUGACUCAAAAAAAAAAAAAGUUCCUCAAAUAGAAUGAAUUA